UUCAGUCGCGUCGCGGGACGCGUUCUAAAUGGACGUGUGCUUUUUGUUUAGUUUCUUAUAAUUUUUUUGUUUGUUUACAUUUUGUGUUGUCUCAAAUGAGACUUAUCUACCUGUUAAUAACGUAAUAUUUAUUGAAACCGUUUUGUACAAUUAAUGUUGUUAUCAUGUAGUUUUCUUUCGUUGCUUUAAAAACAUUACAAAAAGAUAGGUUAUGUGAUAAAACCUAGGGUAAUCCAGAUUGCUAUAUUUGCAUAACAGUGAUAAGCUUUGAAAAUGCAGCGCGGUAACAGAAAAAUCCAGUACUUAAUAGUGUCAGCUGUGUCGCUGGCCACUGUCACGAUGGGGGUGUCCUCCGCGUGGCCAACCCCUGCUAUACUAAAGUUUCACAACAACGAGACUGACGUCCGGAUUAGUGAGGGUCAAAUAUCUUGGAUGCUCGCGUUGGCUGCCCCUGGCUUUCUGUUGGGCAGUUUGGUGGCAGGGCUGGUCUGCGAGAGAUUCGGCAGACGAAGCUGUUUGGUGUUCAGUGCGCCUCCUAUAGCCGUUGGAACGGUGAUCGUGGCGGUCUCGGUUAAUGUCUGGUUACUGUACCUCACUCGGAUUCUGUGGGGGCUCGGAACAGGAAUGAUCAGUACUAUUGCCAACAUGUACAUUGCCGAGAUAGCGGACAAGGAAAUCCGCGGCGAGCUGUCUAUAGCCACAAAGUUCAUGUUCAAUUUCGGGAACCUCAUCGUAAUGGUUGUAGGCCACUACGUGUCAUACUCGACUCUAAACUACAUGAUGUUGGUACUCCCACUUGGGUACUUCUUGGCCUGUUGUUUCAUACCAGAAACGCCGUACUUUUACUUGAAGGAAGGAAAGGUUGAAGACGCUAAGAGGGUGCUGAUGGUACUGCGGAAAUACGAUGAUGAGGAGGGUUUAUAUAAAGAUCUAUCGUCCCUACAAGCAGACGUGAAGAACGAGAUGCGGCGCUCCGGCUCCUUGGUCGAGCUGUUCACAGGAAAACAAUACCGCAAAGCUAUUUAUAUCUCAAUUGGUUUGAAAUUAGCCCUUAUAUUGACGGGAGGAAUAACUACCCGUAAUUAUUUAGGCCGAAUCAUGCAGGAAGGCAAUUGGACUCUCGGACUGGAUUUCGUCAUGAUAGUUUUUGGAGCUAUAUCUUUUAUUGUGGGUAUAAUGUCAUCAAUACUGUCUGACAAACUGGGUCGCCGGCCUCUGCUCAUCUACUCGUUUCUCGGCACCGGAAUCUCCCUGGCACUCGUGGCAGCGUACUUCUUCUGCCAGGAGGUUCUCGUGGUCCCACUCGUCACUCUCCGCCGCUACUCCUGGAUCCCCUUCGUGGGCAUCAUCUCAUCCACUGUAAUCUCAACAUUAGGCUUCAAUUCCCUAGCAUUCCUCAUUCCAGCCGAAACAUUUCCUUUAAAUGUCAAGUCUACAGCGCUAACCAGCCUCAAUGUUUUUAGUGGAAUGCUAGGCUUUGCUGUAGCGAAAGGGUAUCAGGAAGUCAAAGACGUAUCAGGUUUAUUUGGAGUUUUCACCGUUUUUGGCGGUGUUGCCAUCGCAGGAACGAUAUUUUCCUACUUCUAUGUACCCGAAACUAAGGGGAAGAGUUUGAAAGAGAUACAACAAUUGCUUCAGGGUGAUUUAUAUGAGAGAAAUAGUAUUGAGAAAUUGAACCAAAUUGUCGUUAAAGACGCCGAUGAAGACUGUGAUGACGGCACCGAACUUAAGGAAAUGAUCAAGAAAAUCUAGUCUAUUAUUUUAUAUGUCCAUCAUUGGGAUGAAAAGGGGUUUGGGUAAUUUUGUAUGAGCUUGUGGCAUAUCCGUUUUGCGCCCAAACAUCAUUUUAUUCGCUUAGGUGUUAAGCAUAAUUUUAUUCUUGUUUUGUAGCCGUCUUAACGGUACGAAAUAAAUAAGAAUUUAAUACUUCAAAUAAGUCUAUAUUUUAUUUGAAUAAAUAAACGUAAGUCUGUAGGUACAUGGGUACCUAAUAUAAAGCAUCGAUAAACAUUAGCAGGUGUGUGUAUAAUGAGCCGCUAUUUAUACCCAAGCCCCUUUAAUGCUAGGGACUGUCCAUUAAUCACGUAAUUUUUUUUUAGCAUUUUUCAUACAAAAACACACAAAUACACCACCCACCCCUCUGGUGAUAUUUCGUGAUUUUUGCUGAACCCAAGCCUCACGCGUGAUCAAUGGACGAUCCCCUAGAUACCUAUGACAUAAGCAAUCUCACUUUUCAUUUUUCAUUUCAAUAUGUUUAGAAUAUAGAAUAAGCGCAAAAAAUAUCUACUCCAAGGAGGAAAAUCAAUUUUCACUAACGUAAUGAUAGGGAAACUUAUUUAAAAUUGGAACUAACUACUUAGAUUACUUACUUCGAAAUUAAGUAGUCCGUUCAUAAUUUUUUAUACAUAUGUAACUGCUUUAUUACGUAUAUUUUUUACUUUUUUGAUGUUUUAACAUUUCGAUCAAGUUUUAAUUACCUUACAAACGAAGACUGUCACAUAAGAUUAAGUAGGUACUUUUUUUAUUAUAUAAAUAGGGAUAUAGUUUUUAUUUAAGUAAUUAUCAAUUACAUAUGUCUCGACUCAAACGGUCUGUAAAAUAAGGGGUAUUAUAAAAAUACCCGAAAAUAAUUAUUGUCUAAGCCUGUUAUUCAUAAAAAAGUUAAAUCAUACUCUAAGCAAAAGUAUGUUCUGUCACUGUCGCACUUUACAAUAUUUGCCAUUGACAGUACGUGACAAAACAUACUAUAGCAUUAACUGUUUUUAUGAAUAACCGGGUAACCCCUUAAGCCAUUGUAGACUAUCAUAUAAAUCCGACGACAAAGAGAUUUCAUAAACAAACGUAAAUUCAUGUGCCAAAAUAAUAUUUUAUUCGAUUAAAUAAUUUAUAAAAGUCAUGAAUAUUUCAAUAUAAUAGGUAGGUAUAUUCUGCUAUAUGGAUAAAAAAGUAUUAAGCUAUUUCUAUUUAAUCAUACAAAAUGGAAACUGCAAAUAUUUUUAAGUGGGUCAAUUUUUUGGGAAAGUUGUUCCAAUAGUAAUUUAGGUUAAUAUUGUCUUAAUCCAAAUAACGGAAUAAGUAGAUAUGUUGAAAAUUUACGUUUUGGAUAUCGAUUUUUUAUCUAUGCUCCCCAGACCGCUAAUAUUUUGUUAUAUUUAAAAAUCAUAAACACAUUUUCAAAAUGAGUAAUUAUAAUGUCUUGUUUCGCUUAAAUUAUUAUUUGGAAGCAUGCAAUUUUUAAAAUUGAUCCAUAUUCUUUAACCCUGUGGUUCAUAAAAAAGUUAGCAUACUUUAAAUAAAACAUGUUUUCUCUCUUUCCGUCAAUUUUAAAUAUUAUAAAGCUUAACAUAUGCUUUAACUUUUUUAUGAAUAACGGAGGAAUAAUCUAUGCUUGGAAGAGAUCGUUACAUGGAAACUUAACACAUUCGUAUUUUUUUUUAUUUUUAUUAAUAAAUCUUUUAAGAAAAUA